UGCACGCGGGCCACGCUCAUUGGCAGCGGCCGGCUGGACUCAGGGAGUGCAGAGAUCUCACAGCUUUCGUGGAAAUGCUGGCGGGAAAGGGCGCCCUGGAUGAGGGGCUCAGGGAUCGCCGGUUUGCGGAGACUGGUCACUCUGACGCGACGGCCUGGACCAAAAGGGAAGCCGCUCCUGCCGCUGAUCGCAGUGACAGGAGCAGGCGGCGGACCGAGGGCUGCCUGCGCGCGGGGUGGACCCCCGGGAGGACCUGGAGGGACCGCAGGCUGGUGGCGACCGGGUCGCGGGGGAGGAAGCUGAGGACAUGGGGAGCCCCAGCAAACAGCAAGAUAGAAACAGAGUUUCUGAAGAACUUGUUAUGGUUGUCCAAGAAAUGAAAAAAUACUUCCCAUCAGAGAGACACAGUAAACCGAGCACUCUGGAUGCCCUCAACUAUGCCCUUCGCUGGGUCCACAGCGUGCAAGGUGAACAGCUGGAGAGAAAAUUCGAUCCCACUCGUGUCAGCCAGUACUCGCAGGAGGCAGCCAGCAGUGUAGUCAGUGGGGUUUUAGUCAGAAAUGCUUUGAGCCUUUUAUGGUGCUUUAUGUAAGAUGAGCAAAUCUUUAAUUAAUGUCUUCAUUUUUCAACUUAAGAAGACCAGAAGAACCUUAUUUGUGUAAUAAUUCAGUAACUCAAUAUUUUGCUGGUUUGUUACAAGAGCAUAGAGUUUAGCAUAAACAUAUUUUGAAGGCUGUUUGAA